GGAGGGACAGACUUGUUAUAAAGAAUUACCAAUAGUUUUUUUACACUUAACAGAUUUACCUGUGACGUCUGUGACAAGAUGUUUUUGAACAAGGUGCACGCAGAUCUGUGCUACAAAAAUCAUUUGGACAUGUGCAUCCAGCCUCCGCCGCAUGUACCAGGGCCGUCAGAAAAUAUUCCCUGCAGAAAUUAAUGUGUAAUGUUUUAUUUGAGCCUUACCUUAAGUUAUCCCACUCCCAUGAUAAUAUCUUUACAUUACGGUGGAAUGAGGCUAUCUCAGCUUGGCGUGAUCCUGCGACUAAAGAGUACAAUAGUUUUUCCGGCGAGCGACCAGGGAGAUUCGUCUGGCAGUGUUACUAUCGUUUUCAGUAGAAGCGUUCGCUUAUAUGGGCAAACACUUCUGGACCGUUCGCCUUCCACGAAGUGCUGCUGAAAACGCCUUAAUAAAAGUGACGGGGGAGUCUGCACGCUGUUGACAUGGGUAAGUACAAGUAACUGUAUCCAGUGGAAACGUAGCGAAGGUGAGACGGGAGAGAAGGAAGACGUGGACCGCAUGAUGGUGGGGCCUUUUCCAGCACCAAUGCUGGAGGUUGAGGAGGUGUCCCUGUCUGAUUCGCUACUCAAGUACAGAAGUAUUUGGCCCAGCUGACUCGACAAGAACACAAGGGAGAGGCGGGAAGCUUGGUGGCAUGGAGAAGCAGGUGGGAACUGCUGCUUCACCUCCACCCUUGCUGAUGACUCCUACAGCGAAAGCGCGAGUAUGGAGGAACCUUCGGUAAUGGGGUGUUCGUCUAUGGGGUACCACAGCCAGACGCCACCACAUCCCACAACCACCGCCACCACCUUCGAGAACAGUUGCUACAGGUCACUGCUCGACAGCGAUGUAGUAAGUGAUGAUGACAGUGAUUGGAGGGAGGAUGAAUGGCCCCAGGAUCGGCCGCUGCCACUGCCGGAGUGGGGAAGGGAGCGCGCAUCACUAGCCUUUGCCUCAUUACGCGACUACAUGAGUUUCCUGAGCAGAGUCGCAAGCCACCAGCGUCAAACCAUCUCUAUUCAUCCCUACGACUCCGUGUCCAAUUUUAUCGAGUUCUCAGAAGAAUACAUGGCGUCAGAAUUCACCAGCUUGCAGGAAUUCUACCGCUACUACGACCCGCCGCUGGUGUCUGGUCGGUACUCCUGCGUGGGUCUCGCUGCUGAUCUCGCCUCCCGCCUCGCUUACCUGGAAGGGCACUAUCCAGGUUUCAAGGACGCCAUCUAUCAGGUAUCAUGUGAGGAAGAGCUCAAAGAUGAUUAUAUCGGGAGGAUGAUAUCAUCAGGACAGAUCACCACGACCACAUGCAUCAAAGAACACAUGCUUCUGUGUGUGCGUGUAUGUGUAGAGGGACGUGCUGGGGUUGUGCUUCUAGAUCCGGGUUAUCACUUACCUCAUCCUGUCACUGUAAUGGAAGAUGGACUGUCCCCUCACUCCGGUCCGGUAAACGCCGCCACCGCUCGCUCUAAUGUUGUCAGAACUUACAGGUAUUAUUUUGGACCGUCCUCCUCCCCUCCUCCUCCUCCUCCUCCUCCUUCGUCAUCUGGGAAGUAGAGGAAAACAGGAGUGGACGCAUCACAUUAUUCAAGAACAUUAUCCACGUCUCCCGCCCGUUCCUCUCGGGAGUGAACGUGACGGAAAGACGCAACUUGCCCUACCACUUCAGGAUACUGCUCGGACGUGACGCCUCGGGAAAGUUCACGACGGGUUUAUAUUUUCAUAUCAAGCCAGCUCCCGCCUCCACAAUCGUCACAUUCCUCCACAAGGUUGACGGGGAAAUGAAGCACGUCAAGAAGCCAAUUGAUUAUUUCCUCCCGCAAGACGCAGAGGAGGAAGCGGGGAAGAAAGGAAACCAGGUAAAAGAUGGAAAGGAACUGAAUAAGAAGCGCAAUGUAGAACAGGAAGUAUGGAAGAGAGAGGAAGGUAACAAGGAGAAGAAUGAAGGGAAAGUGGACAAGGAGGUAGAGCGCGCAGUGAUGGCAAUUGAGGACGGCUUAGGGCGAGUACGGGGUGAGGUGCAACGUACUCUGGUCACUCUCGCCUGCCUCCUGAAAGAUGAAAAGUAUGUUGCUGAAUUUUGCAAGCUCAAUAAUGAAAUAGAGAUCCUGCGAAGGGCUUGAAACACACACACACACACACACACACACACACACACACACACACACACACACACACACACACAGAACGCGUGGUGUAGUGGUUAGCACACUUAGCUCAUAAUUGAGAAGGUCCGGGUUC